AAGGUUAUAAAAAUGAAAAAAAAAAAAUCAUGAAUCAUUUGUAAUUGUUAUAUAUUUUGUUAUGGGAUGUAAUGGAGAAUCAGAAUUUCUAAAAAUCACAUUCAUAUUAAUCUUCUUGGGGUUUUUUUAUGCGAUUUUGACACUGUCCCAGUUUGCGAAUAGCAUAUUGUUAAACUGGGACAGGGUAUUAGGGUAUUACUGGCAAACUGGAACAGCCAUUCAAGUCAUUCUAAUGGAGGAAUUGAGUUCCCAUUUUAUAUGUCCCUCAUAAAUUUAGUUAGUUAGAUAUUUAAACAAAGACUGUUGAACUACUUAUUGAGCUUGCUUGCGAUAAUAUAGGCACAGUCCAGACUGCCCAAGCUGGCUUCAGGGGGACUGGGAUGUAUCCAGUAAAUCCUAUGGCUCAUACACAUUGGGGAUAGUCACAUACACAUAUAGGGGAGGGGGUCUGCUGUACCUGCACCCCUUCUUUAAAAAAGUGAUGUUUAUAUUAUUGUUGUUGUUUAUAACGUUGUUUAUGUUGUUAAAUGUAUUUCAUUCAUAAGGCCUACACUUAAAUAACAAUUGAAUGUGUUUUAAAUGUGCCAGUUUGACAGAGCCUUGAAAAAUGUGGUUUCAUUGUGUGUUUAUGGAAGAGUCAUCUGUGUUUAAUUCUUUCUUUUCUAUUGUAUAGUAGAGCUCUUAAGCUAUUUAGAAUAGUAUCAUAUUAGUGGCUAGACAUUUGGAUCAUAUAUAUAUAUAUAUAUAUAUAUAUAUAUAUAUAUAUAUAUCUUGCGCAUGUGCAGUCCUAAGCGCGGUGUCUCAGGACACUGACGCAUGCGCAACUAAACCCGCGCGUGGCAAGAUUCGGAAUCUAACGGUAAUUUAACUUCACCAAAGCUGAGCAAGAUAAAAAAUACCUUCAAACAUGUAUUUUGAGGAGCCAGAAGUGGAACCGUAUGAUCCGUUAUUUCUUCCGUUAUCGAAAUUGGAAACUAAACUGCGAAACCGGCAGUUCCUCCACAACAUGGGCAAGGUGCUAAAACUCUCCUGGCUUAAAGACAAGACGCCUGACGACGUCGAGUCAAUUCACCGAAUGCUGAUGCCCUCUUUUGCCUGCAGAUGCGUGGAGAACAACGACUUUAUAUCUUUACAGGAGAUUCUCAAGCAUAUGAAGGAAGAUGCUGGAAACUAUGAUGGAUACACUGCCCUGCACUUUGCCUGUGAAACGGGGAACAUUAAAAUGGCAAUGCAUUUACUGUCUAUUGGAGCAACAUGCCAAGCGACUACCCGCUUUGGUUACACACCUCUGCAUCUUGCCAUAAAAAACAAGCACUUUGGCGUGAUCAAGAUUUUGAUACAGCGCGGAGCCACAGUAACUCAAAAUCCUCUGCGAAUCGGCAUGGAUCUUAUCAAGGCGGUUUGGGCUAAAGACUAUCGGCUUGUGCGUGCAUGGUUCUUAGCUGGUACAAACAUGAACCAGUGUGAUUACAAUGGACAGACUGCUUUACAUGCAGCAGUGGAGAAGAGGAACAAGCUCAUGGUGUCCAAACUUCUUCAAUAUGGCGCGACCCCAGAGAUUCCUGAUAUUUGGGGGAGAACAGCAGCAGAUGACGCAAGAAAGAAUAACCUGCAUGACAUUUUGGUGCUCUUCAACCUUCCUAUUUGAAACUCACCCUUCAGCAUCUCUUUUCAGUCUGUGGUGAAGGAGUCAGACACACCAGGUGACAUCAAAUGCAAAGGCCUUGACAAAGUAGAUCACUACAAAACCGUUAACUAAAAUCAACUCCCCCCUUAAUGUUUACACAAUAAAC